CUGUAGUGACGUGUCUGUCCAGUGUGGGCAUAGCUUUAGCAUUAGCAUUAGCUGUGGAGCAGGAUGGGGACUCAGAUUAAAGACGUGGUCAUCAAGUCUGAUGCCCCCAAUACUCUCUUUCUGGAUAAGCAUGCUGAUUAUAUAGCUGCCUAUGGCUCCAAAAAAGAUGAUUACGAAUACACUCUGUCGGAGUAUUUGAGGAUGAGUGGGAUUUACUGGGGUCUGACUGUGAUGGAUCUGAUGGGUCAGCUCCACCGUAUGAACCGAGAGGAGAUCGUCGACUUCAUCAAAUCCUGCCAGCAUGACUGCGGAGGGAUCAGCGCCAGCAUCGGCCACGACCCGCACCUGCUGUACACACUCAGCGCCGUGCAGAUCCUGACGUUGUAUGAUAAUGUUAAAGCGAUCGAUGUGGAUAAGGUUGUGGAUUAUGUUCGAGGACUUCAGCAGGAGGACGGUUCCUUUGCUGGAGAUAAAUGGGGUGAAAUAGAUACCAGGUUUUCCUUCUGUGCAGUCGCUACCCUGGCACUACUGGGCAGGCUGGAUGCGGUAAAUGUGGAGAAGGCGGUGGAGUUUGUUCUGUCCUGUAUGAAUUUUGACGGGGGGUUCGGCUGUAGACCCGGCUCUGAGUCUCACGCUGGACAGAUUUACUGUUGUACGGGUUUCCUGUCCAUCACCGGUCAGCUCCAUCAGGUGAAUGCAGAUCUGCUGGGCUGGUGGCUCUGUGAGAGACAGCUGCCGUCUGGAGGCCUCAACGGGAGACCAGAGAAGCUGCCAGAUGUGUGUUACUCAUGGUGGGUUCUCGCAGCGCUGAAGAUCAUCGGCAGAAUUCACUGGAUUGAUAAAGCCAAGCUGCGUAACUUUAUCCUGGCCUGUCAGGACGAGGAGACGGGGGGGUUCGCCGACAGACCCGGAGACAUGGUGGAUCCAUUCCACACUCUGUUUGGUGUAGCCGGUCUGUCUCUGAUGGGAGAUGAGCAGAUUAAGCCGGUGAAUCCUGUCUUCUGCAUGCCUGAGGACGUUCUCCAGAGGAUCGGACUCCAGCCGGACCUGCUGAUCUGAAUCUGUAGGCUGAUGGAGUCGGUGGGGCCACAGCUCUGAACACAGUUCCUCUGCUCCAGCUGCUUCAGGCCUGAUCAGGGCAGUGCUAAUCUGUGCAGGGCUGUGGUUCUGAUUGGACUAAUGGUUCUCCUCUGUUCCUCCUCCUCCUCCUCCUCCUCCAACACACACACUGUAUCCGUUCUGUUAAAGACUGUUCUGUGGAUCUCACACACUGACAUUAUUUAAGACAUUAUUAAACAAUGUUACAUUUCAAUGCUUAUUAAUUAAUAUUGUAAAUAUUAAUCAAUUGAGACAUUAGUUUAGAAACAAAUUAUAUGUAUCUUAAAUAUCUGAAAAUAACUUUUCAACAUUUCAGUAAUUCAGUUUAGAAUGUGAAACUCAUAUAUUAUAUAUAGAGAUAUAUUACACACAGAGUGAUAUAUUGGUGAUGAUUAUUACAGCCAAUGAAAAUCCAAAAGUCAGUACCUCUUAGAAAAUUAGAAUAUUAUAUAAGACCAAUUGGUACUUUUGGCAGUUAGGGCAGUGUGCCAAGUCCUGCUGGAAAAUGAAAUCCGCAUCUCUAUAAAAGUUGUCAGCAGAGGUGAAACAUGACAUGGCUCUCCAAACCAUCACUGAUCAUCAGUAAAUUUUACAUUUCAUUUGUAAAUCAAGGGAGCAGAGUCUGGAGGAAGAGUGGAGACACACACGGUCCAAACUGCUCGAGGUCUAGUGUGAAGUUUCCACCAAUCAGUGAUGGUUUGGAGAGACAUGUCUGAUAUCUGCUGGUGUUGAUCCACUGUGUUUUAUUAUCAAGUUUAAAGUCAGUGCAGUUUUGUUUUCCCACAAAAUCUUACAAACACUUCAUGCUUCCCUCUGCUACUGACAACUUUUAUGGAGAUGCGGAUUUCAUUUUCCAGCAGGACUUGGCACACUGCCCACACUGACAAAAGUACCAGUUGGUCUUAUAUAAUAUUCUAAUUUUCUGAGACACUGAUUUUUGGGUUUUUAUUGGCUGUAAGCCAUAAUCAACAAGAAAAUAAAUAAACACUUAAAAUAGAUCACUCUGUGUUUAAUACAUCUGUAUAAUAUAUGAGUUUUAAAUUUUUAACUAAAUUUAACUUACUGAAAUACAGCCUUGAAUAUAGUGAAUAUAGUAAGUAUUUGGGGUCGGUUUUAGUGGACGCUUGAGCUGUUCUGAACUGGAUCUGGAUGGUAUGGAGGGAGCAGCGAUACUGAACACAUGGUUAUAACAAGGCUUUGCUGUGCAGGUCUUAUGAGUGUGAUAUGAAGUAUCAGAAGGCUUUGAAUGCUCUGAUUUAGUUGUAUUGUUGGUAUAGAUGUUGGUAUGUAUGUGUAUGAAUGGGAUUAUUCCUCUCACUGUUUACAUUUAAUCACAGCCUUUACAUUAAAUCAAGAUUAAUUUAUGCUAAUUCAGAGUUCAGACACAUGAUCCAAUUAGUAAAGGAAACAUUACUGUGGGUUAUGAAUGCCAUUCCAUUCACUGACCAUAUAGGACACUUUGUAGUUCUAUAAUUACAGACUGUAGUUAAUGAUGAGUUAAUGAUGUCACAUGGUUAAGACUCACCUGCAUUACCAAAAUAAAUGUACACUUUAUGCAA